AUGGUCAGAGGACCCUGCGGGCAGGGCGGAAGUGGCCGUGGCGAGCUCGCUGGGGUCCGCCGCGUCACUGUCGGAGGCGUGCCCGCUUCCGAGAUGGCGGCGGCAGCGGCGGCGGCGGCUGGCGCGCUCGGCCGGGCGGGCUGGAGGCUCCUGCAGCUACGGUGCCUGCCCGUGUCCCGUUGCCAAUCAGCCGUGGUGUCACGCACCUUCCGUGCUUCGGCUCUGCAGCUCAAGUCUUCGGAAGAGCAGAAGCAACAGCCUCCCCCGCCUUUUUCUCAGCAACAUCCUGAGACACAAGAGGCAGAAGAACCCAGUUCAGAAUCUUCUCGUUCACCCCCCAGGUACACAGAUCAGGGCGGUGAGGAGGAGGAGGACCAUGAGAGUGAGGAGCAGCUGCAGCACCGCAUCCUGACGGCCGCCCUGAAGUUCGUGCCUGCCCACGGGUGGACGGCAGAGGCCAUCGCGGAAGGAGCCCAGUCUCUGGGUCUCUCCACUGCAGCGGCCAGCAUGUUUGGGAAUGAUGGCAGUGAGCUGAUUCUGCAUUUUGUGACCCAGUGCAAUGCUCGGCUCACUCAGGUGCUGGAGGAGGAGCAGAAGCUGGUGCAGCUGGGCCAGGCCGAGAAGAGGAAGACAGACCAGUUCCUGAGAGACGCAGUGGAAACCAGACUGAGAAUGCUGAUCCCGUACAUUGAGCACUGGCCCCGGGCCCUCAGCAUCCUCAUGCUCCCUCACAACAUCCCAUCCAGCCUAAGCCUGAUCACCAGUAUGGUGGAUGACAUGUGGCAUUACGCUGGGGACCAGUCCACUGAUUUUAACUGGUAUACCCGCAGAGCUGUGCUGGCUGGCAUCUACAACACGACAGAGCUGGUGAUGAUGCAGGACUCGUCCCCAGACUUCGAGGACACUUGGCGCUUUCUGGAAAACCGGAUUAACGACGCUAUGAACAUGGGCCACACUGCCAAGCAGGUAAAGUCCACUGGAGAGGCACUGGUUCAAGGACUCAUGGGUGCAGCAGUGACACUCAAGAACUUGACAGGUCUAAACCAGCGCCGGUGAGCGGGACGGGGUGUGAGCUAGAGUGCCCAGAAGAAAAUCUGCAGAUAUAUUGAAAGGGCUUUGAAAAACACGAAGUGCCGUCCAUGGAACAGGGUGUUAAUGAGGAAACACUGAAGGACUCCUGAGUCACUGCGACAGCCACCUGGAAACCACCGAGCAUUUGACACAGCUGUAGCCUGCGAUCUGCUUCCUCUUCAGUUCCCAAUACCAGGCCAGGCCUCCUGAUGCCUUUCUGCACUGCCGCUGUGUGAUCGAGAAACUGAGGCUCUCAUCCAAGCGUUUGAGCCGCAGAAACCCAGCGUGUGCCAAUCAUGGUCUCACGGAUACUUGAUCAUGUCUUGACCUUCCUAGAGGGCUCUCUGGGGCUCCCAAAGCAGAGGCAGGGUGUGAGGCCAUUACCAGGUGGCAGCCCAUCCCCAGCACAGCACAGACUUGCGCACACAGGUGUUCUUGCCCCCUCCCCUCUGGUGUCCUGAGAUGCUGCACCUGGGAACCGCCCCCAGAAAGCUGCCUCACCUGAGACUGGUGCCUGUGGACGGCGGUGCCCAGCCUGGCCAGAGGCGUGAACAUUGUCACGUCACACCCGCGUGCGUGGUAGGGCUAUCAGUGGACUUAAGAGUCUGUACAAAUAGUAAUAAAUAUGGUUGAAGCAG